AUGUCUAUACGCGAUACGUUCAUCGAGGAAGAUGGUUUUGGUAUUGUACCUAGACCUAACCGCAACAAACAUAAUGGAAAAUUUGAUAUUGUUAGAAGGUAUACCCUGACUAACAAACACAAAGCGUCGGUGCAAUUAAUAUCUUGGGGCGCUGGUAUUCAAUCUAUUAAAAUCCCAAACAAAUCAGGCAUUCUUGGCGAUAUUGUUUUAGGAUUCGACGAUCUCGAAGGGUAUUUGAAGAACAGGUACAUAGGAAGUAUAAUCGGACGAGUGGUAAAUCGAAUUUCUGGUGGUAAAAUGACAGUGAAUAAUAAGGUUCACCAAUUGUCAGUGAACGACAAGAAUGGUUACAGCCAUUUCAAUGGAGGCAUCUUUGGUUUCGAUAACGUCAACUGGCAGUCUCAUAUAUUAGACAAAUACGUGGUGAUGUCUCAUUGUAGUCGAGCUCAUGGCGAAGGAUAUCCAGGAGAUAUGUUGACACAAGUUAAAUACUCUUGGACGGACGAUAACCAGCUUCAUAUUAACAUCCGCGCAACCGCGACUGAACCAACACCUGCUAAUAUCACCACUAAUUGCUUGAUGAAUCUUGCUGGACAUGCAACUGGUCCAAUUGAGUUGAAAAAACACGUGGUUGCGAUUAACGCCGGUAGCUGGACAUUUGCAGACGUCAAAGACAAUUUGCCGACAGGUGCUAUAUUUCCUGUCGAUCGUACAGUCUACGACCUGCGAUUACCGACGCAGCUGACCAAGAACCGGCUUUACAACGUACCGGGGGGUGGUUACAACCAGAACCUCUGCGUCACGAGCCCCAGCUGUUGGUCUUAUCGAUUUCACGCUCGGGUUUUGCAUCCUGGCUCAGGAAGGACUUUGGAAGUGUAUUCCAAUCAACCAGGUUUGCAGUUUACUACCGGAAACGACCUAACCGAUCCCGAACGCAUUUAUCCCCCUGAUUUCGAUGAUUUUUGCGACUGUGACAACGAAGAUUUUGCGACGGAAUACGAGGAAGAACCGGAAAUAUGGGGGAAGGACGGCGUCCGGUACCAAAGACACGGGGGAUUCACCUUAUCGCCACAAAAUUAUCCCGACGCCAUCAAUAUAAGCGAUUUCCCUUGCAGCGUACUUUAUCCCGGUAAAGUUUACACACACGACAUCACUUACAAAUUUGGUCUACUUUCGAAAAUUUGA